AAUGUGCGUAAAUUUCAUUAAUAAAAGAGUAGAACAAUGUUUGAGGUUCAAAGAAAUUAGCGUUUUUACCAAAAAAAUUGUUUUUAGUGUAGAUUUGCAAUUACGAAAGUGAAAUACCGGGUACAUUUAGAACCUUUUGACAUCUCAUCAAAUUGAUAUUGAGCUGGUGCUCUAGUUUUGAUCACAUGGCAUAACUUCCCCGAUUAGUUGAAUUGUGAAAAUAUUACUGGGUCUACAUGCGCAAUUAAAUUAGUUUGAAUUUUGUAUUUUUAAUAAUUAAGAUAGAUACUAUUUAAAAAUAAAGUUAAUGAAAAGCGAUCAACCUCCCAUAUGAUGGUAGUGUAGGCAAACAAACGGGUGCAUAUAAACUCAUACAUAGCUUGUUUGUGAAGUCAAAGAAAUAGCUUCAUAAAAAACUUCAAGAGCAAAGAGUGUAAGCAAACAUCUCCGUAUGGACGAGAAUUCAAUGCUUGUAAUUACUCGGGGUAUCAUAUAAGGUGCCUUACGGAAUAUUAUAUAAUAUUAUGUUCCUAUGGAACGCCCUUAAUGUUUCUACGAAUAUUUUAAUAAUUAAGCGAUAUAUUAUGGCUGGAAUGUUCCUAAGGCAAUGAUGUAUACAAAAACCAGAAAAUGAAGCAGCAAAGCUAUUACAUAGUAGUAUCAAAUCGGCAAUGUACUGCAUGCGACUUUUAAAUGUGGGAAAAAGAUAUAUCAUUCUUAAUAACGCCUAUUUAAAUGUAGAUUAAAACAUCGUACGUAGCUGUUUUCUUCUAAUUACAGGAUGAGACAACUUAAAGGUAAAGUGAAGGAAACUAGGAAGCAAAAAAAAGAAAGAAAGGAGGAAAAUUUGAAAAUUCAUCAACAACUAACAAGCAUAGUGUUGCCAACAAUUGGAAUAGUAAUUUUUAUGGUAAUACUUUACGUUUAUGUUAAAACCAGACCGAAAUUUGAAUUAUAAAAAACCGGCGAAUCUGUUAUAUCAAUCAGUCAAUAAAUAAGGAAUUAUCUCUCACA